CAAGACGGAAGAGGAAGUAAAGGAGUCAUCCUCUGGGAUAACGUGUUUGAGUCUGGAAAGGAACAGCGGAAAUUUUUAAGUGUGUAUCAGAGUGGAGGAACGGGUCCACUCGGAUAUAAUAAAAGCUUUCUCCACACUUGGUCAAUCCAUUGCGGAUCUGGCCUAAUCAAUGUUUGGUAUAAAAAUGAUUCUCUUAGUGCUCACCAUAAUUCUUUUUCAUUACAAAGGAUACUGCUGAUGGAUAAUAUAACUCUACGUGUUGCUACUUUCUAUAUUAAUGGCCAUGUCGAAUUUUAUAAAGAAAAUAAUAAAAUAUCGUUUUUAAAUGGAGGUGCUAUUUCUAGACUAUUUUUGUUGUUGCAAGAAAAAUUGAAUUUCAGGUAUGAAAUCGUUAUCGAAAGAGCUUUAGGAAACAAAUCACCAAAUGGAAGUUGGAAUGGUCGCAUUGGUCUCUUGACAAGAAAUGAAGUUGAUAUAGCUUUUCCUAUAGGACUAAAUUAUAAAAUAUACGAAGACGUUGAUAUUACACCUCCAACUCAUUUGACAGAAGUUAAGUUUCUAAUUUCUUCUGCAGAAGGGAUAUCAAAAAUCUAUGCACUAAUUAGAAUUCUAAAUUUCGAAGUAUGGAUAGCUGCCAUUUUCGCUACAUUAAUUAGUACAGUAAUAUUUUAUAAAAUAUUUUCUUUCGAAGCAAGACUAUACAAAAGAAAUCCUCCACCACUUUUAAAUGUGUUUUGGACGUUAUUAGGAACAUUCACAAAUCAAGGUAAAGAAGCUUUAAUAAAUUUGGAUUUCGUUUAUAAAAAAAAAUAUUUUUAG